AAGGAAGGUAUCACCGAGGAAGGAGCCCCUACUAGCGGCUAACAGUAUCACUGCUAGUGGGUCCGCGGUGCGUUCAGGCUCCACCUCUCACGAUACUCCUUCUUGUGGGUUGUUACCAGGCAGACAGACUUCCAACAUGGCAGCAUCGAGCAACGCAGAGCAAACGCAUUUGCAGGACAUGGAGGAGGGAGACGCAGGGAUGGAGGAGAGAGACAUGGGAUCGGACGAAGAAGAGGAAGAGGAGGAGGACGGUAUGGGAGUAGAAAAUUCAGAAGAGGAAGAGGACAAUUCGUCGGAAGACGAUAAAGAAAAUGAAGCAGAGAUCCAACGGUUGGAGGAGCAGCUGUCAAUCAAUGCCUUCGACUACAACUGCCACCUUGAUCUCAUCAAACUACUGAAGCAGGAGGGAGAACUUCUCCGUCUGCGAAAGGCAAGGGAGAAGAUGGGUGAACUUUUCCCACUCACUGAAGAGAUCUGGCUCGAUUGGCUCAAGGAUGAAAUCCGUCUGACUGAAGAGGAGCCAAACCGGGAGAAAGUAUAUGAACUCUUUGAGACGGCUGUAAAAGACUACAUCUGUCCAGAUAUCUGGCUUGAAUAUGCUCAGUACUCAAUUGGAGGCAUGGGCUCACCAGGCGGGAUGGACAAAGUGAGAUCCAUCUUUGAGAGAGCUGUGACGGCGGUGGGGCUUCACGUGACCAAGGGCCAGGCGGUGUGGGAAGCGUACAGAGAGUUUGAGAACGCCAUGCAGUCCACAGUACAGCCUCCUCCUGGAAGGAUUCUCAGUCGUGAGGAGCAGGAGCUGCUGAAAGCUCAGAUCGAGCGCAUCCAUACACUGUUUCGUCGCCAGCUGGCCGUCCCCUUAAUGGACAUGGAGUCCACCUAUGCGGAGUAUGAAGAGUGGUCUGAAGACGGGGUGGCUGAGACGGUCGUACAUCAGUACAAAAGGGCGUUGCAGCAGAUGGCGAAGUGCAAACCUUUUGAAGAAGCACUGAUAGCAGCAGAACCUCCUAAGCUGGCAGAGUAUCAGUCCUACAUUGACUUUGAACUGAAGGAGGGCGACCCUGCACGGAUCCAGAUGCUCUUCGAGCGGACUCUGGCAGAGAACUGCCUUGUACCCGACAUGUGGGCAAAAUGCACAAUAUAUCUUGACCGUCAGCUGAAGGUCAAAGACCUGGUUCUCUCCACUCAUGAACGUGCAGUCAGGAACUGCCCCUGGACCAUGGGUCUGUGGAAGAGCUACCUGCUGGCUCUGGAGAGGCAUGGAGCGGACCAUCCCACAGUCUCAGAUGUCUUUGAAAAGGCGCUGACUGCAGGUUUCAUUCAAGCAACGGAUUACGUGGACAUAUGGCAGGCACACCUCGAUUACCUGCGGAGACGUGUGGAUUUCAGCAAAGAAUCAAGCAAAGAGUUGGAGGAGCUGCGAGGAGCUUUCUCUCGAUCUCUAGACUACAUGAAGCAAGAUGUUGAAGAAAGAUUUGGUGAAAGUGGAGAUCCUUCUUGUAUCAUAAUGCAGAUCUGGGCGAGGAUAGAGGCCCUCCACUGCAAGAACAUCCAGAAAGCCAGAGAGCUGUGGGACAGUAUCAUGACGAAGGGGAACGCCAAGUAUGCCAACAUGUGGCUGGAGUACUAUAACCUCGAAAGGUCUUAUGGAGACCCUGUUCACUGUCGGAAAGCUCUCCACAGAGCAGUUCAGUGCACCGCAGACUACCCCGAGCAUGUGAGUGAGGUCCUGCUCACAUUUGAGAGGGUUGAAGGUUCUCUUGAGGACUGGGACGUGGCGGUGCAGAAGACGGAGACCCGGCUGAACAGGAUUAAUGUGCAACGAGCAAAGGUUGCUGAGAAAGAGGCCAACGUGGCUCGCCAGGAGGAGGAGAAAUCUGAUCAGCGGCGAAAGAACAAGGGAGACAAGAAGACUCAGAAGAAAGGCCAGAAGGGAACUCGAGCUGGGGAGAAGAGGAAAGCCGAGCAGGAUGAUUAUGAUCAGUGGAAUGAUAAAUCUGCUACUAAACGGCACAGAGGACACGGAGACCAAACCACAGAAGAGCGCAUGGAGACCGAGGCGGGACUCUUUGGGAGGAAGGCUCCCCCUGGCUAUAAGCCUGCUGCGAGCGGCAAUAAAAGAGGCCAGCAAGGAGAUGCGGCCGCUGUCCAGAAACACAACGAUGACGACGACAAGCCAGAGCUUCGCAACGACAACAGCAGCGUAUUCAUCAGCAACCUGGCAUACACCCUGGAGGAGCCCGAGGCAAAGCUGAGGACGCUGUUUGAGACCUGCGGUCCCAUCGCACAGAUCCGCCCGGUGUUCGCCACCAAAGGGACCUUCAAGGGCUACGGCUACGUCCAGUUUGAAUCCACGGUGUCCGUCGCCGAAGCCUUGAAGCUGGACAGACGGGAGGUGGAGGGCAGGCCCAUGUUUGUGUCGCCUUGUGUAGACAAAAACAAAAACCCUGACUUUAAGGUGUUUAAAUACCAAACAGCCAUGGAGAAACAAAAGAUCUUCAUCUCUGGGCUGCCGUUCUCGUGCAAUAAAGAGCAACUGGAGGAACUCUGCAAAAGCCACGGCACCAUCAAAGACAUCCGUCUGGUCACGUAUCGCUCAGGGAAACCCAAGGGUCUGGCAUAUGUUGAGUUUGCAGAUGAAGCCCAGGCCUCUCAGGCAGUUCUGAAGAUGGACGGCAUGUGUGUCGGGGACAACACAAUCGCUGUCGCCAUAAGUAACCCUCCUCGCAGGAACCUGGAUAAACCCGGUUCCAACAGGCCCAUGAUGGACAUGCCUCGCCAGGUCUUUGGGGCGAGAGGAAGAGGACGCACCCAGCUCUCUUUGCUCCCUCGUUCCCUGCACCGACAAAGUGGGCUCGUCAGCAAAGUGGAGAACGGGACUGCGGCUGAGCAGGUGCCAGCAGCCGGAGAGACGAAACCUUUGUCAAAUUCAGACUUUGCCAAGAUGCUUCUCAGCAAGUGAGGAGACGAGCGAGAGCAUUUCACACUGAAAGCCAUCUCGUGUCCUUAACAAAUUAGUGUUUACUUUUCUGUGAUUGGUUACCCGGCUUCCCUUUAACCUCAGUCUUGUUCUCAUCAUCCGCUCUGCGAGAUUUGCCUUAAUCGCCGAGCUCCUGCCCUCCAUCAGGACGCCUUUUCAACCGAGACUCUUCCCCCAGUGUGACGGAUUGUUUUCAUUUGGCUUCUUUGAAGGUGUCUUGCCGGAUAUUUUCUUAAAAAAAUAACUAUCAUAUUUGUGUGUAAAUAGACUGUAUCUAAAAUUGUUGCAAAGUGUCUUUUGUUGUGUAAGUGGGCGGGGCCUGAGAGAAGCAGACGGGGGAGUAUUUUUUAUAUAUAAAUAUUCUUAACAGCCAACUGUGUGAAUGUUGUUUGAAGGUUAUAUGCAAAAGUCCAGAUGUGGUGUAAUAUAGAUGGUGUGUGUGUGUGUGUGUGUGUGUGUGUGUGUGUGUGUGUGUGUGUGUACACACACACACAGAAGAUGCUCUACAGUCAGAUGUUUUUAGGAAACCUAGGAUUAAGUAACUUAUUUUUGACCUCUGAGGACAAAGUUAACAAAGCUAGUAUAGUACAACUCAUAAUUAUUUUUACAUAAUCCAGUCCGUGAUUUACCAUCUGCUAUUCAUCUUCAGUGUUGUUAUAAAAUCUAUAGUCCAGUAUGAGUUAAUUGGCUUUAUCUUGACAUGUUACUACAGUAGAGAACUGUCCUAAUGUAUCACACUGCUAACGCUGGAUAUCAGUUAUAUUUACAGAGCUGCUCGAAUUUACUUUCUCUUGUUUCGUACAUCACUGUUAGCGUGACCUGUCUGUUCAGGGUAACAACAUCUUCAAGUCAUUUAUAUAGUUUUGUAUAUAAGUCUGAUUUAUGUGCUUUGUAAGAGAGAUUCAGAGUGAAGUGAACCAGAUUCCUGCACCGUGUGAAACUCAGGCAGGCUGUUGAUGAGGCUGAAGAAAUGUGUCUGAUUGGCUGCUUUGGCGGCUGCUUGCUCAACAGUCGAGGCGAUUCGUCAAACAGCAGAAUAUUUACGGGCAGUUUCCAGCAUCUCGAUUGUUUCCCUCUUACAUUUUGUUAGAAUGUAUUUGGGUUGAAGACUCACGAUAGGACCACAUUUACAUUUGAUGACGUCAUCUUAGGCCCGAGGAAACUGUGAUGAGCAUGUUCCACAGUUUUCUCAAGUUUUGUAGAAGAAACAAUUAAGAAAUUAAUCAAUAAUUUUAAAAAAAAGUUGUACUUGCAGGAGUCAAUUAGGAGGCAUGAAUUAGUUUAGUUUAAAAGGGUUAAGAUAUAAUUACGAAUGCUAGGAAGUACAUGUGAAACUGUUGUAAAAGUGAAUCUGUAGAACGUGGAAGCUAAGUGCAGUUUCAGAAAUAUGAUUUUCUUUGUAAUCGGAGUUGAUUUCACCCUCAGAGUGAACAUAAUGCAGUUUUUUCUGCUUUUGUUAGAAGUCGACCAGUUGUCCACUUUUCAUGUUUAGAUAUUAACAAUUGUUUGUGUACACAAUGUUUAGUAUAUUCAUUUCAAAAAGGUCACCAUCAUUUGUAAUAAAAAUAAAUGACGUUUUCAAAAGCGAUGGAAUAGAAGAUAUAUGUAUUAAUCUCACCACAGUGGCCUAAUGUGAAAUACAUAUCUGUGGUCUCUGAAGUCACUUUCCGUUUAGUGUCGAGAUUAAAAGACGGUUUGUGUGCAUUGCUCCUGUUUUAUAUAAGAUAUAGUCAACGUUUUGAAUUUGGUAUAGAGGUAAAUACUAAAUAGACCUUUGUUUGGUGUUCAAUCACUAUUUAUUUUCCUGCUUAUUUCAUUAUCUUCCAUUUUCUACCCUUGUGUUUUGAGUUUCUGUAAAAAAGGGGGAAAAAAAUUUCUUUUUGGUCUAAAACUUGUUUUAAUAAAGUCAUGUAAAUCAUC